AUGUCUGCGUUCGACGUUUUUCUUCCCCCAAACUACCUGAUCAGAGAAGACUGCCUCGGGCUGGUAAACCAAGCUAGCUUUGGUCUGUUCUUUGAGGUCCUGCCUUUUAUAGAGGUGCAUUCUUGGCCUACAGCCAUCUUGAUUGACCCAGAAUUCACUGUUGUCCUUUGGGCUCAGAGAAUUUUUCCAUCGUCCGAAUGGGUUGACAUGACUCACGAUGGUGUUCGUCGCACAUUGACUGAGCUGGCCGAUAGUAGCGCGUCCUGUGCCGAGUAUCAAAUGGUUAUAUAUUGGUUCAUGAAACCGUUGGUGGUAACCAGCGUGCGAGUUGAGUUUCAAGAAUCACAAGACACGGCGAAACAAGCCACUGUACCGAAGCAAUCCGCUAAUACCCCAAGACCCAAUACCGCGGCAAGAGAGUACGUCGAGUAA